AAAUGAAAGCAGUAAUGCUAGAAAGUUCGUAAGCAUCUCUUCCCGAACCAGACAUCGACGACGAGAAAGAGAAAUUCAAAGUUCACAGAAUAUAUUACAUGGCAUUCCGUUAACCAAUAUACAGACUUCAAAUAUAUCCAAUUAUGAUAUGCCAACUGAUAGUAGAUUAGAAAGCCAUAAAACAAAUAUUCCUGAAUUCACUUCUAAUUUCUCGUUUUCUACAUUAAGUAGCCUUUUAAAAAAUAAAAAUACAUCGGAAUUAGAACUUGAAGAAGCCGAUGAGUUGGAACUUGAAAAAGCUGACAAAAUGGAGUUAGAACUUAAUGAUGUUAAUGAACAGGAAUCGUUGCCUUUUAUAUUAUUAAACUCUUCCAACGAAACAUCUGAUAUCUUGACGGAUAAAACUUUUAUGGAAUUUGAUAGUGAUGACCAAGGUUCUGAACUAGAUGAAGAGAAUAGUAACGAUAGACCUAUUCCUGAAAUUG